UUUAUUUUUAAAAAAAUAUGAUUAAUAGCUUAUUUUAAGUGAAUUAGAGAUUAAUUUUGGUAACCCUCCAAAAAAAUUAAAUUUAAAUCCUUCAUGCUCAGUAGUUUUAUUCUAAAGCGUUAGUAUUUUAAGUCAGCCUAUGCCAUAUACUUUUUAAGAAAUAAUAAGUUAUCUAAGCUCAUCCUUUACCUAAAUUAGUUAAAAUUAUGAUUAUUUUUAUUCUUAUAACAAUCCAGGAAAACUCAUAAGUGAUGUAUAAGCAUUUCAGUAAGCAGUACAAAUAACAAAUAAUAAUGGUAUUAGCCCAGAUAACCCUUUAUCAACUAUUUACUUGGAUUUACCUUUUUAUUAACUAACAAUAUCUUUUUUCUUGAAAUUUUUAUAAAUACCACCCUCAAAAAAUUAAUAUUUUUGUAUAGAUUUUGACCAAAAUCAAUUUUGUGUAUAAUUUUAUAAUAACUAGAUUUUUUUUGGAGGAUAACAAGUCACUUAUAAUACAUAAGAGUGGAACAAUAUCAUACUCAUAAAGAGUAAUAUUUUUAUAGAAAGAAAAAUUAUACUAAUCAUUAAUAACACUAAGUAGUUGGAGAUUCCCGAUAGUAAUUUUCAUUAUCUAUAUAGACUAAGGUUUUUUUCUUAUGAUGUAAGUUAUUAAUUAGAUCUCAUAAGAAUAUAUUCUGGUUCUAUAUUAUUUUAUCAAAAUAAUUGUUAUUUAGAAAGUACAGAUGGAUCAUGCUUAGUUUGUAUGGAUAAUUAUUUAAUUGAUUUUUAAAAUAAAGCGUAAUGUGUCCUCAAAAAUACAACAAACACUGAUAAUUUAAUUAAAGGGGUUAAAGAUUGGAAUCCUCCUAGAAAAUUAUGUCCUUAAAAUAUGAUAAAUGAUAGUUCUUCUUAAAAUAGUUGCAAAUGUUUAAUAGGAUAUUAUUUAGCAGGAGACAAUUGCAUAAAAUGCCCUUCAUAUUGCAGAAAUUGUAAUAGCCUUAAUGACUGCUCAAAAAUCAGAGAUUCAUUAGGUAAUUGCUUAGAUAAAAAUGCUUUUGAUGAUGGGUAGAAUUGCAUAACACCCUUUUUCAUUUUAAAAGAGAGGUAAAAUAUAAGAAUAUCAAAUUAACCAGACUAUGGGUAGUUGUGCAGUAAUAUGGAUGCAGAUAUCAACAAAUAUAUUUUAUCAAGUAGCUAAUUAAAUAUAAAAGCUUCUGAUAGUAUUUUUUUUUCAUUUUCAAUCUUAGUUAAAUAAUUUAAUUUAGUACCGAAUUAAGAAAUAAAAAUUGCUUAUAUUGAAGAAAACUUAAACUUAGCCUGGAUUGCUUUUUGGACAGACAACUUAAACUGUAUAUUUAUGGUUAGAACAAAGGUAUAUAAUUACUAUGAUUAAAGCAUUAACUGCCAAUAGUUAUAUAGAACCUCUAAUUUGAAAAUCUGCAGAGGUAAAUGCGAUUCUAUUAUAAAUGGCUUUUGCUUAGUAUUAAACAAUAAGCAAAUAACAUUUAUAAAGAAUAUACCAAACCCUACUUUAAAUGGAGUCGAUUUAUUUUUUUCUAUCUAUCAAAAUGAUUCUGAAUUAUUUGGAAGUUUAGUAUACCCUAAUAAUAAUUAUGGAGGUUUAUUUAGCAUUUCUUUUACAAUAGAGUUUAAUUUAUCUGACAAAUUUGAGUAGUAGUUCAAUUUGCUUCAAAUUGUAUGCUAUUGGGGCAUAUGCUAAACUUUAAAAAAUGCAGUACUAUUUUUCAACUAAUCUAAUUUUUUCUUUUUACAUGCAAAAGUAGAAGAUUUGUUUUAGUUAUCAAUAAUUACUUAAUAUAAAAUAGAUGUUAUUUGUAAUUAUAUUAAAGAAUCCUUUCAAUCAAGAGUCUAAGUAUUAGUAGACAAGAUCGUAAGAUUAAAAAUUGGAGAUCCUUAAUACCAUUAUUAGCUUUUUAUUGAUAACAUAAAUAUAUACCAAAGAAAUGUUUUUGUCUAUUACGAUUAUACAAAAUUUGACUCUUGCUUUGUUUACAUAAAUCUAAAAGUUAUGAAAUGUUUAUACUUAAAGAGAGAUUAUUUGUACUAUAAAAAUCAAAUAAUAACAAAGUAGCAAUGCAUUUAAUAAUUUCUUAAUACAGUAUAUACACCUUAUAUCAUUUAAAAAGAUUAAACUUGUAAUAUAAAAGUACCUCAAAACUAUGAAGAAUAUUUAUGCGGAUUAAUUGAAUAUAUAAAUGGUUAACCAUUAUGUACAGUUUGCAAAGAUGAUAACGCUGAUCCAUUAAAGAAGUGUUUAUAAUGCAAAUAAUAUUUCUUUUUUAAUAAAUAGACUUCUAGAUGCUAAAAAUGUGAUUUAUAAUGUUUAGAAUGUGAAAAUCAAAGUAAUAAUUGUACUAGUUGCUAGUUUUCAAAUCAAAUUACACCAACUUGCAAUUGCAUUUAAUAAAAAAAUAAAACAAAUAUGUGCUAAUGUAAUUAUAAAUGCGGUUCUUGUAGUAGCAUUGACAAUAAUAUUUGCAUUACAUGCUCUUCUGAAAGAAGAGUUUUACCUAACUGCUAAUGCGAUAAACAGUACCAAGAAGUUUAAUAAGAAUGUGUUGAAAUAAAGGUAUUGUGUUCUGACAAAUGUUUAAGUUGCAUCGAUUUUAGUGAUAAUUGUACUAAAUGCUCAAUAAAUAGAGUAAAUCCUCCAUCAUGCUAGUGCAUUUAUGGAUAUUAAGAGUUGAUAGAUGGAUCUUGCUAAAUAUGCUAGUAAGGUACUUAUUAUGAUCCUUAGCUAAAGAUUUGCAAAAAAUGCUCCACUGGGUGCCUCUCUUGCAGUUAUUAGCAGUGCUUAUAGUGUAUGUCUGGGUUUUAAAAUGUAGGAUUUAUUUGCAAUUGUACUGAUUAAUUAUACUAAUAAGAAAAUUUAAUGAAAUGUCUAAAUAGCUUUGAUGUUUAAAUCAGUAGUUUUUAUCAGAAUAAAACAUGGUUUAUCAGUUUAAAUUUUAAUUAAGUUUUAAAAUAAUUUAAUAUUUCUGAUAGCUAACUAAACAAAAUUAUUACAUUUUACAUCCCCGAAAUAUCUUAAGAAUCAUAUUCCUUUGUUAAUGCUAAGUAUAUUGGAAAUUAAUUCUUGGUAAGCUUAAAAAUCAAAGCAAACUUUUAGGCAUCAAAAGUUUUUGUUAUUCUAAAUACAAAUUAUUACUUUUAGAGUUCAGAUGGAAGUAGUAUUUUAAAUAAAAGCUUCUUGUAAUAAAGAAUGUCAGUCGAUAUAGGACCUCUUUUUCUUAAAGAAGAAAAUUAAAAAUCUGAGACUUUAGAUCACUUUUAAAGUUAAUUGAACUAGUUUAUAAAUCAAAAUUAAAAUGCAUUCAAAGCUAUAAAUUAACUUUAAUUAAUUUUUUACUUUUUAAAUACAUUAUAGCCUAUUACAGCAUUCUUAUUGCUAAAUGCUUCCUACCCCCCAUAAUUAUACAAAUUUUAUCAAAUUGCUGGUACUUUUAUUUUCCCAAGAGUUCCUAAUUAUUAAGAUAAUAAUCCUUAGAUGGAAUUUAGUGUAUUUGGGUAUAAUAUAGAUAGAUAUUUUUGUGAAAUACCUGAUUAUGGUAAAUUCAAUUAAUUAGGCUUUUGUUAAAGUAUUCUGAAAUUAGGCAAUCUUCCUAUAGCUACAGAAUGA